CUAGGUCUGAUGACCCAUUCCCAUUCAGUGACAAGAUGGAGCUGGAGAGGAUCUUUCAUGUGUGAUCCUUAGACUCUCUAUUGCAAGAAACUGAGCCUAGAUGUUAACCAUGGAAGGAUGAAAGAUCAAGAAAUGAGGUCUUUUUUCCACUCAAAACUUUUACUAUGUGCCAUAUUCCUAGCCCUGAACCUAGCUGUUCAGUUCAUGCUCCUCUUAUUUGCUGGAUUGUGGGCUCCUGCUGCAUAUCCAUCAAUACCCCAAAGCAGUGACUGCCAAUGCCCUAAUAUUAACCAAUCAGAAGAGCCGGCCAUGUGUGUAGCACCCACUAAGGUCUCUCAGGGAGACCGCACCCACUAUCUCCUAUUUGUGCUCGUUCUGUCAAGUGUUUCAGGACUCGAGAGACGAAAUGUUGCCAGGGAAACCUGGAUACAAGGGUAUGAAAUAGCGAAACAUACUGUAAUGGUCAAAUUCGCUAUUGGCACUCAAAGUUUAUUGCCCGAAGAAGUUAUGAGUUUGAGAUCUGAGCAGGAUAAGUAUGGUGAUUUGCUAUUUCUCUCUGAUUUACAGGAAGACUAUGCUAAUCUAACGAUAAAAGUAUUAUACAGUUUCACCAAAAUAAUCCAAGACUAUAAAUUCUCCUAUUUAUUGAAAUGUGAUGACGACAGUUACAUACUUUUGGACACAUUUGUGACAGAAUUAGCAGCCAGAAACAGUACACACAGUUUUUAUUGGGGGUUCUUCGAUGGCAGAGCUCACAUCAAAAUUAAAGGCAAAUGGAGAGAGAAAGACUGGUUCCUGUGUGAUCGAUACCUUCCUUAUGCCCUUGGAGGAGGGUAUGUGCUCUCGCAAGACCUAGUACAGAGAAUAGCAACCUCUGCAGAUGGUCUGGAACUAUAUAAUAGCGAGGAUGUAUCUGUGGGUGUGUGGCUUAGUCCGUACAAAGCUGAGCGAAAGCAUGAUGUUCGUUUCAACACUGAGUUUGUCUCCAGAGGAUGCAGGAACAUUUACAUUGUGUCCCAUAAACAGAGCCCAGGAGACAUGAGGUCGAAAUUCAGGAAUCUUCGUGAUGUGGGAGAACAGUGUCAGAAAGAGUACCAGACUAGGUUGUCUUAUGAAUACAACUGGAAAAGCCCUCCAACCAUGUGCUGUGAGAGACAAGAAGGCAUUCCGUAGAGGCAUUCUAUAUAGAGGCACAAACACUAUUAUUGCUUUCUCUCUCAGUGCAUACUAGCUGUGUAAUAAUGAUCUAUAAUUAUUUGGAUUACAGCAGGAGUUCAUGAACUCCUGAUUACAGUCCUACUUUCUAUUUGGACUUUUCAUUG